UCUAAACACAACACCGCACACGUAAGGUGGUCAUGCCCUACUCGAUACGCGAACAUAAAUCAUAAUUAUUUGAUCGAUUCCUCGAAUCGUGAGUUUGGGACGCCUAUAAUAUACGUAGUCUGUUGGCAAACGGUCAUCGAUGGCGCAGUUAUUUUCUUCCUGUUUGAUCUUGGGGACACAACAAGAAGGCUUACACAACAGACUAUUCGUGUGUGGAAGCUUCAGAACAGGCCAUGGUUGCUUAGUUAGCCGAAGCGUGGUUUGCGAAAAGCUUUGGAUUUAUACUUCGGUGCGCUGAGCUUCUAUUUAAUCAGGUGUUAAAAUGGGCAGACGAAGAUCUAAACGAAAGCCAGCUCCUAAAAGAAGGCAGGAUCCACUGGAUAAGCAAUUCAACUGCCCUUUUUGUAACCACGAGAAGUCGUGCGAAGUGAAAAUGGAUCGUGUUAGGAACACUGGACAAAUAUCCUGUAGAGUUUGCUUGGAAGAUUUUCAGACAUCCAUCACUUACCUUUCUGAACCUGUUGAUGUAUAUAGUGACUGGAUCGAUGCCUGUGAAAGUGCGAACCAAUAGCACAUCAUACAUGUCAACACAACUUCAACCGAAUGAAGAAAAGAAUGUUUGAUCAAGACUGCAAAGAAUCUGGAAAUGGAUGGUUGUAAAAAAAAUCAGUGAGGAGGAGAAAUGGAUGUGUGACAAAUCAACUUAAAGGACUGUCUAUUUUUGAAGAGAACUUUACCAUCACAUCAAAUGCUUGUAAAUAUUGUACAAAUCUUUCAAAUGCUUGCAAAGCUCUCCUUGACAAUCUUAAUAAUUUGCUAUGAAGGAUAUUAACUUAUCUGAACCCAAUCAAGGAAUUCUUGUUGUUGCCAGCUACUAUUUAACUAAACUACAAGACUGUUGCCAAUGGCUCUUGGUUAGAUUCUAAUCAGAUAAAUAGUUACAGUGGAACCCCGCCUUACGACCACCCCGUUAAUAGGGUCACCUUGUUAUUAUGGCCACUUCAUUCUGGCCCAAACAAAGCUCAGUCAGUUAUUUUCUUAUUUAAAGAACCCCUUUUAUAAUGUGGCCACCCUGUUAAUAUGGUGAGAUUUUUGUGGCCUGUUGGUGACCACAUUAAUGGGGUUCCACUGUAUAAUUUACGGGUACAAGUCGGAUUGCAACGGAUGAAAUAUUUUUUCUUUCUUUUCUUUAUAAAAAAUGUAACAUUUUACUUGUAUGACAUAGCAUGUGAUACUCAACUAUUGAAAAUUCUUCUCAAUAAGUUCAUCUUGUUCUUUAUGUUUGUACAUAAAAAAUAAUAAUAAAGUUGCUCUCAGGGGAAGAAGAAUACCAGCUUAUAAAAUUAUAGCAUUGAAUAUAGGAAACUUUUCUAUGUUACUUAGUUAAAUUUGUACAGAAGAUUCUGGUUUAUCAGCCUCUAAUGUUUUGACACAAAGAAAAUCUGGUAGACAAGUUUUUAUUACACUGUUUCAGCAUCUUAAUUUUUCAGUGCAAAAAAAAAAAA